GCUCUCUCUCUCUCUCUCUCUAUCGCUCUCUCUCUCUUUCUCAUCUCACAUCGGAAAUUAACAUCGCCAGCUGUGGAUUAGACCCGCGCGCGCUCUCCAGAUUGUCAAUAUAACAAUAGUUUGUUGACAAGUGUUGCCUUCCUCCUCCUCCUCCUCCUCCUCAUGUCGCUUGGAUUAUUCUCCUGGAUGGUUUAUAUCUGGACACAAAGAAAAAGACCAAUGAAGACGUCCAGAUGGUGGUCGGCGGCGAUUUUGCUGUUGGGGCUCGCUGUGCUCAGCGCCGACGGGAGACCCAACAAGGAGGGAUUCGGAUCGCCGCCCUAUCGACCAGUCGUGAGAUUCCGACACAAGGAUGGGGUCCCAGAGACCUUGAGGAUAAAAGGUUUUUUGGGACACAAUGCUUAUCCCAGUCCAUGUGAACACAAGUACUGUGGCUUGGGGCGCCACUGUGCCGUCAACCAUGAGACUGGCCAAGGGGAGUGCAAGUGCUUGGAUCAGUGUAAACCACACUACAAACCUGUGUGCGGCUCAGAUGGGAAGCUGUACCAGAACCACUGUGAACUCCACCGGGCCUCCUGCCUCGGAGGACACAGGAUCACCAUCAUGCACAGUGAGGAGUGCUUCUACAAAGAUGACAACUGCAGACUGAGCGACUACCGCCGCCUGAAGACCAAGACCCUGGAUCUGCACGACAAACGAUACAUGGGCUCUCGCAUGCACGGCGCCCACAAGGACAACAUGGCUGCCAGGAAGCAACUGGUCGAUAUGAUGUUCAAACGCUUUGAUGCGGAUAAUAACGGUCAGAUAGAUUCCAGCGAGCUCUCACAGGUAAUCAAGCAGGAAGGUCUGUCCAAGGAUUUCUCUGAGUGCACGCUGUUUGACCUCCUCAAGUACAGUGAUGUCAACGAUGACGAGCACUUGACAAAGGAGGAGUUUUACACAGCGUUUGACGUGUACCUGCUCAACCUCCCAGACGACCAGAGAGUCCGCGUCACCACGGUAACAGUCGGCGAGAGCACCGUGUUGACUUGUGCCAUCACGGGGGAACGGAGGCCUCCCAUCCUGUGGAAGAGGAACGAGCAAUAUCUCAACAACCUGAACUUGGAAGACAUCAGUAUUCCAUCUCAGGACUUUGGGGACGACGGCUCAUUGUACAUCACCAAGGUGACGACGACCCACAUGGGCAACUACACCUGUCACGCUGACGGCUACGAGAAACUCUUUCAGAUCCAUUCUCUUCAAGUGAACGUUCCUCCCGUCAUCAGAGUGUACCCCGAGAGCCAAGCCAGGGAGCCAGGCGUCACCGCCAGCCUGCGCUGCCACGCCGAGGGUAUACCCAGCCCCCAGCUGGCCUGGCUGAAGAACGGCAUGGACAUCGCAACCAAGCUGUCCAAACAGCUCACCCUGCAAGCUAACGGGAGUGAGGUGCACAUCAGCAACGUCCACUUUGAAGACACCGGCGCUUACACCUGCAUCGCCAAAAACGAGGCCGGCGUGGACGAGGACAUCUCUUCGCUCUUUGUGGAGGAUUCAGCGCGCAAAACUCUGGCAAACAUUCUGUGGCGAGAAGAAGGUCUCGGCAUAGGCAACAUGUUCUACGUGUUCUAUGAAGAUGGCAUUAAAGUCAUUCAGCCGGUGGCAUGUGAGAUACAACGACACAUUAAGCCCAGUGAGAAGCUGCUGGCUUUGCAGGAGGAAGUGUGUCCGACCUCGCCGGGAGACGUGGUCCAGAGGUGUGUGUGGUCAUCAGCGGUCAACGUCAAGGACAAGUUCAUUUACGCAACGCAGCCGACCUUGAACCGAGUGCUCAUCGUUGACAUCCAGUCUCAGAAGGCUGUCCAGACGGUCAGCACCGACCCUUAUCCUGUGAAGCUCCACUACGACAAAUCUCACGACCAGGUGUGGCUGCUCAGCUGGGGAGACGUGGAGAAGAACUUCCCCACUCUGCAGGUGAUCAAUCAGGCCAGUGGAAGAGUUUCCCAUCACACCGUCCACACGCAGCCCGUCGGCAGACGCUUUGACAGAGUGGACGACUUCUUCAUUCCCUCCUCCAGCCUCAUCAUUAACCACAUCAGGUUCGGCCUCAUCCUUCAUCGGAAUGAGCCUGUCCUGCACAAGAUUGACCUGGAGACGACCACGUACGUGAAGAACAUCAGUCUGUGGGAGUACAACUGCAUCCCCAGGUCCAUAGCGCACACGCACCUCGGCGGCUACUACUUUGUCAACUGCAGGCCCGACUCCACCGGCGCCACGCAGCCGCAGCUCGUCGUGGACGGCGUCACCGACAGCGUCGUCGGACAGAACCGCGACGUCACCGGCGCCCCCUACGUGUCCCCGGACGGCCAUUACCUGGUCACCGUGGACGACGGCGACGGCCUGAUGAGGAUCCAGACGAUCUCGGAGCGCGGGGAGAUCCGGGAACCGUUCGACAUCCACACGAACCUCCACCUGUCCGACCUGGCCUUCCAGCGCUCCUUCACCGAGCUCCACCAGUACAACGUGUUCGGCAGCUCCGGCCGCCAGACGGACGUCCUGUUUGUGGAGCUGAGCUCGGGCAAAGUCAAGAUGAUCAAGAGCUUGAAAGAGGCCACAAAGUCGUUUGAGUGGCCGUGGAGCAGUAGGAACAGGGUGAUGGCCGGCAGCGGACUGUUCGGCCAGUACCUCAUGACCCCGUCCAGAGAGUCCCUCUUCAUCCUGGACGGACGACUCAACAAGCUCAACUGCGAGAUCACCGACGUGUUUAAAGGCAACGUGGUGGUUUGGGUCGGGGAGUCUUAGGUCAAGACCUGAAGGAGAUUUGUUUGGGUUUUUUUUGUCAAAGUUACUGUUGCACUGAAUUCUGUUGCAGAUUCUUUUUGAGGUGGAAGCACGACCGGUGAACUCCACUGAUUCACAAACCAAAAUUGACCAUCGGUGUGUCCCCUGGAUGAAGAGCCCUUAUCCAAAAUAGUAAGAAAAAUGCAAAAUACACAAUUUAUUGGUGUAGUUUAAAGUUUUUUUCUCUCACUGGGUGAUUUGGUCUUUAAGUCGACAUAAAAAAAAAAAAGCUGCUUCACAUUUUCCUCCAAUUGGUAUGAAUCCGUAAAUAUGUGCAACUUUUGCAUUAUUAUUAUUGAGUGUGGGAAUGCUGUAGAUAAUCUCUGAACACAACAACUAUUUAAUUGGCAACAAAAAAUGAUACAAAUAUAUAUAUAUAUACAUAAAUAUAUAUAUAUAUAUACAUAUAAAAACCUGUAAGUGGAGAAGUAACUCUUGUAAUUUAAGUUUACCCAUCCCUGACUUUUUCCUGUGCCUUUAAGGAAAACUGCCCUCCAUCAGCGGAAUUAGUGUAAUUAUUCCCAGUGUGACUGCAAACUCCACCUCGUCCUUUGACCCCGCCCCCUCCAUUCAUAGUGAGCGUGGUUCCCCUCUCGACGCAGCUCUAAUUAAAAUAAACCCUCGCUGUGAUCCCACCCCCCUUUGAAGUAGAGACGAAGCGAGUGGUCGGUUAAAGGUCGUGUGCCCUGUAACCUUUGACCCCGGCUUGUUACUAACGUUUUGGAAUGAUGAUGAUUUUUUUUUAUUUUUUUUGUUCCUUUUUCCGUCCAAAGCAGAAAAAUGAAAGUCAGUGCUGAGGAUUUUUGAAUCGCACACUGUACAAAUUUGUCAGAGAGUUUCUUAGCGACGAGUCGAUAGAGUAACACGUGUGUGUGUGUGUGUGUAACUUAACACAAAGAGAAGCAUAGCGGAGUUUAAUAGAAUAACGUGUGGAUGAUGUUUUAAUGUGCACACCAGGGGAGUGGGGGGUAGUUUUGUGUGUAGAAGGUCUUUGAGGAGAAGCUGUGAACGACAUUGUCCCCGAAUGCUCCUGCAGUAGAUCCAUAGCUGACAAAUCAAAGACACCGUUUCCAAGCUGGACACACAUUUCUAUGCAUUUUCACCCUUUGACUCUGAAUCACUAUGGGCAAACUGUAUCUCCAAUUUAGUACGGACUUUUGAUGUGUACAGAUUAUAUAAAGUCAUUCUCCUUGUUUCGAUCUUACGCGUAUAUACAUAUAAUAUAUAUAUUUCGGUUUGAUUUGACCCUUUUCUUUGUUUUUCCUUCCUCUCACUUUUCAAGUCCUUUAACCCUUUAACACCGAGCGCGUCCUCAGACUUUUGUGUUACCGUAGUUACGCGCCGGUUUCCUGGAAGUUAACAACGUGGUUAUUUCGGUGAUUUUCACUCACACUGUUGCAGGAAGCCGAAUUAUGGGAUUAGAUUUGUGUCAAUAUUAUUACAAACAACCCAACACUAAAUUACCCUUCAAAAAUAUUGUAUUUUAUUGUUUGAAAAUACAUUUGUGGGCGGGAUAAAAAUAAUUGUAUGUAUCUAAUGUUCAUAAACUGACAAAUGUUAGAUAUUUACAAUUAUUUUGUCAGAUGUUGACGUGGAAAACAGACGGACAAAGAACAAUAAAAUACAAUAUAUUUGAUUUUUUUUUUCUUCUUAAAAAGUGUUGUUUGAAAAUAUUGACAUAAAUCUAAUUUCAUAGCAAAUCAGAGUCUUUGUUUAUAGAAACGCCUGUACAUAGUUUCCAUUGAGACACAAAACAUCAAACAAAUGUUACUUUAAAUAUGGUGUACACUGUUUCAAAUUUCAAAUCUAACAACAAAUGCAACAACUUUGCAUUUCAAUUGUAAAUAACUGCCAGUUAUUGAACGUUAUUCUGGAAAAAUGGGCCCUUUCAUGGUUAAAAUGAGCAAAACCUUGGUGUUAAAGGGUUAAACGAUCUGUGGUGUUGUGUAAAUAGCAGCCGUCACCGCGAGUCCCUCAGUUUCUCACGAAUGUACAGAUUUGCGCAGGUUCCAUCCGCCAUCGUCCUUUUUAAGAAACGCCGUCACGAGCUUGUCAUUGAGCCGCAUCCUGUACUCGAGUAUGUUGUGAUCACAUAAGCACUGCUUUCACCUCCACGUCACCAUGUCUUGUACGUUUAAACUCAUGUGAUUGUUAUUUACAUGGGACAAAGAAAAAAAAAACACGCUUGUCAUUUUAUUCAACAAUUAAAAAGUAAACCCUGAAAAUAAAA